GGGCGCGGGGCGGGGGCGGCGGGAUGAAGGGCGGGCCCGGGCCGCGAGCCCUGAGGGGAGGAGUCGCCCUGGCGACUCCCACUUUCUCCCUGUCGGGCUCGGCCUCGGAGGCGGAGGAGCUGGCCGCGGCGCCGGCGGGAGCUCCCGAGGAGCAGCCGCUGGAGGACUGGCGCUCCCCGCAACUGUCGGAGUCGGGGCUCGAGCGUCGCGGCCGGAACAUGGCGCCCUUGACGUUCUGGCGCGGCUGCCAGCGCGUCGUGGGCUGGGUGCCGGUGCUGUUCAUCACCUUCGUGGUCGUCUGGUCCUACUACGCGUACGUGGUGGAGCUGUGCGUGUGUACUAUCUUUGGAAAUGAAGAAAAUGGAAAGACCGUUGUUUACCUUGUGGCUUUCCAUCUGUUCUUUGUUAUGUUUGUAUGGUCCUAUUGGAUGACAAUUUUCACAUCUCCCGCUACCCCCUCCAACGAGUUCUACUUGUCAAAUGCUGAGAAGGAGCGUUAUGAGAAGGAAUUCAGCCAAGAAAGGCAGCAAGAAAUUUUGAGACGAGUAGCACGAGACUUACCCAUCUAUACAACAUCAGCUUCAAGAGCUAUCAGAUAUUGUGAGAAGUGUCAGUUGAUUAAACCUGAUCGGGCACAUCACUGCUCAGCCUGUGACACAUGUAUUCUUAAGAUGGAUCAUCACUGUCCUUGGGUGAAUAACUGUGUGGGAUUUUCUAAUUACAAAUUCUUCAUGCUGUUUUUAUUCUAUUCCUUAUUGUAUUGCCUUUUUGUGGCUACCACGGUUUUAGAGUACUUUAUAAAAUUUUGGACGAGUGAACCAACAGGUACACGUGCAAAAUUCCACGUACUUUUUCUUUUCUUUGUGUCUGCAAUGUUCUUCAUCAGCGUCCUCUCACUUUUCAGCUACCAUUGCUGGCUAGUUGGAAAAAACAGAACAACAAUAGAAUCAUUCCGUGCACCCACAUUUUCAUAUGGACCAGAUGCAAAUGGUUUUUCUCUCGGAUACAGUAAAAAUUGGAGACAAGUCUUUGGUGAUGAAAAGAAAUAUUGGCUGCUUCCCGUCUUUUCAAGCUUGGGUGACGGUUGCAGUUUUCCAACUCGCCUCGUGGGGAUGGAUCCGGAGCAAGCCUCUGUUGCAAAUCCAGAUGACUUCCCCAGAAGUAUUGGCUCAAAUCAGCAUUUUCCUAUCAAACCGCUUAGUGAGUCAAAGAACCGUUUGCUGGACACUGAGUCUCAGUGGCUGGAGAAUGGAGCGGAAGAAUGUGUCAGAGCAGGGACAAAUAACCAUGUUACAGUGGCAGUAGAAAAUUGAGUACCUCUUGCUCAUGACUAACCAUUUGAAUAGGAGCAAGGUAUUUAAGACAUAUUAUGGACUAUUUUCCGUUUUAUUUGCAAGAAAAGAUCAGUGGCAUGAGAUAACUGAAGUCUAACAGAAGAUAUAUUUUUCAAAUGGAAGCCUUUGCACAGUUUGCAGGACCCACAGACGCCCUUCUCCAGAGCAGAGCGAUGCCUUAAUCCAGACUGGCCUUCCGUGCAGCACACACCCAACUACGGGCCUGACUGAAUCCCUACCUUGGAAGUAACGCUUACUUGAUAUGCGAUGCUAUAACAUGAGCUAUUAACACCUGCUAACGCGGCAUUCGUGUUUUCUUGAGAUCUGAGUUACUGUCAGAGUUGGUUCUGAGCAUCCAUAGAAAUGUUCAUUCCUCAAACACAAGCUAGAAACAUGAGUGAUUUUCGGGAGGAUGGUGGCUGAGUGAUAUCCAGCUUACUGCUGCUUGUACUGCAUAAGGAAAAAACUUGCUUUUUUUUAAUUGAGUGUUUGCUAAUUUAUAAUUACUGUUUUAUACUUUUCAACAUUUUUAAUAAAUUUUUUUUAUUUUUGGCUAUAAAAUAGUACUCAGAAGGAUUCAUAUACCUAAAUCUAAUAUUUAGAACA